AUGCCUCCCGCAGCGAGCCAGAAGGGCACCGGCAAGAAGGCCGGGCCCAAUGCCAUGCGACAGCGCAGCCGCAACACGACCCCGAGCUCCGUCGUUCCAUCUGCCAGCCUGCCCCCUAUCGAAGCCGUCGACACCGACUAUCUCGAAUUACGCGUCGAACAGUUCCGUAAUCUCAACUAUGACGACCUUGUUGACCAGGGCGCGUCCAACGCCGUCAUCCCGGACUCCAAGAGCCUUGAUGGCAUGAUCGCUCGCCUCCAGCGCCUGCAGGAGACCAUAGACAGACGGAGCAAUUUCUGCGACAGAGGAAUGCGCAUAUUGGCGAGCACCCGUAAGCAGUAUAUCAACGACGUCGACGAGGACGCCAAGGAAGGUGUCAAGGCCGAGGGCGAUUCCAAAAAGACGGGCAAGACGAACAAGAAGAAGAGGAAGGCCGCAGAUACCCUGGCACCCCAGGAUGCAGCAGUCGAGCGGUCAUCCCCGCUUCGGGAAUCCACUAAACCACGAAAGCUUUCGCGCGACAACGACUCGGCCAGUUCUUCCCUGUCACCCGUCGCACCCGCCACUCCGUCAGCAAUGGAAGUCGACGACAAAACAAAAGCAGAGGAAAAUGAAGAGGAGGAGAGCUCUGAAGACGAGGGCGCGCCGCCAAAAAAGGCGCAGCCCGCUGCUCACACUUUCGGCGACGAUCCCUCAACCUUCCCCGACCCGACCGUCUACGAAAUUCUCCCAACGAAACCCGGCAUGUCAGCAGACGAGCUGAGGCAGAUUUACUCUGUCGCCGUGUUUCCCCAGAGCGAUCUGGCCGAUCUCAUCGCAGGAGAUCCGCCCGACAAGGAUUUUAGCAGCGCCAAGCCCAGUAACCAGAUCAGCUUUUCGACCUUCUCGACGUACAUGGAACCAUACUUCCGACCAUUCGCCGAAGAGGAUCUAGCAUUUUUGAGGGAGCGCGGCGAUCGCGUGACGCCCUUCCACAUGCCUAAGAGGGGCAAGAAACACUAUACCGAGAUUUGGGCAGAGGAGGAUGGCGCCAUGUCACUCGACAAGCCCCCGAACGCGCGCGAGCAGUUGGCGCCCAACCAGGCCCGUGGUGCCAUUGAUAACAUGGACGACGAGGUGGCGGAAACCGAUAAGCUGUCCGUGGGACCGCUGCUCUCGCGGCUCAUGCAGGCGAUGCGACCCGAAAACCGACCGCAGGCCGAUGAAGAGAAGACAGGCGUCAACGGUAUCACCAACGGGGACACGGCCAUGAAUGGUAGCGUAAAUGGCGACAACGGAGAUGCGCAGCAGAGUUUCAGCGACGAUAAGGCGCCGCCAGUACCCCCAGCAGCCUUCAUGCCGGAAUCGAACUCAGAGGCAUGGAAGAAGGCGUCACAUCCAAAACUAGAAUACACGCAGGUCGAUGAACGAAUCAAGCAAGAGCUGAGGCAUAUUGGCUUCUUGCCGCAGGAAGGAAACUUUGAGGGCGAGUACGACGGCGCAUUCGACGACGAAGUCGCAGCCAGAUUACGACUCCUACAAGGUCGCCUGCGAGAGCAGAUGCUCAUCAAUGGCGCACGCAAAGCCAGACUUACCGAGCUUGUCAAAGAGCGCAUGGCCCACCAGGAGUACCAAACCAUUCUGGAGGAUCUUGAUUCCCAGGUCCAGGCCGCGUAUCUGAAGAGGACGCGUACUAUGGGCAAGAGCAAGAAGAACAAGCGUCCCGGCGGCGCGGGAGGCGGAAGCCAUGCUGUCGGCGGCGCGGCUGGCAUGGCCAGGCCGGGCAUCGGCGAUAUGACCAAGACGCUCAUGGAGCGGCGCAAGCGUUGGAUCGAUACUAUAGGAUCAGUAUUCGAUGACGAGAAUCUGGGCAAGGUUCCGCGCAGCUCAGAGCCCGACUCGUCGAUUUUCAGGGCGGGGAUCAUGGGUGAUUUGAUGAAGAAGGAGAAGGCGCAAUGGGACGAGGAGGUUGAGGAAGAGUAA